AUGAAUCUCAACACCCCAAAACGACAUCGUUUCCUUCGUUACUUCCGCCCAAUUGCUUUCUUCGUCAGAUUCACUACGCGAUAUAGCUUCCCUUCCGGCGAGACUAUCCAACUUUCCGCAGCCGCCGUUACUGAUUCGCCAUGGAUUCCGGUCACCCUCUGGCUCUACCACCGUCGACCUGUACUUACGAAGAGUUACUUUUGGCUUGUUCCGUUCUCGCCGAAGAAGCUACCAGCGUUGAUAGCCUUCCUCGCGGUGAAAGAAAAGAGUUUACCUAGGUUACAUUUUCCAUUUAUCUCGAGCCGAUGGCAAUUAACAAAGUCAUGGACUAACCUCCGAAGUGGCCACCAGUUCCAGCAAGGUAAGAAAUUUCUUAAUGAAUUGAACCAACAAAGUUCUUUCAAGUUUAAGUUCAAGACAUUUCUCAAUGAUGGAUACAGAGAAGCAGAGAAGAGGGACUUUGCUGUGCCUGUAAGAAUCGUGGAUUCAUCGAAAGACUUGAACUCUUACGGGCUUGGGAAUGUUGACUGGAAAGAAAGGAUCCAAGGUUGGAAGCUGAAACAGGAGAAGAAUAUGUUACAGAUGAGUGGUAAAAUUCAUGAAGGGAAGGGAGGAGAGAUUGAAGGGACUGGUUCCAAUGGUGAAGAACUCCAAAUGGAUGGUGAUGCUCGGCUUCCUAUGAGCUGUGUGAUUACUAUUCCAUCCUCUCGCAUGACACCUUAUCGUAUUGUGAUAGUUUUCCGGCUCCUCAUUUUGGGAGUGUUCUUGCAUUAUCGUGUAACUCAUCCCGUGAAAGAUGCAUAUCCCCUGUGGUUGACCUCAGUUAUUUGUGAGAUCUGGUUUGCCUUUUCUUGGCUUCUUGAUCAGUUUCCAAAAUGGUGUCCCAUUAACAGGGAAACUUUUCUUGACAGGCUUGCUUUAAGUUUGGUUCUUACAACUUUAUGCUCCUCUCCAUCUUUCAUAACUAACCUUCUUCAUAGGGUAUACGUGUAUAGAAAGUUUCUAAAAUUUGAUAGCUCUUCAGGAAGGAAGCUUAAGCAAGGAUUGGUAUUGCUCUCAUGGUUUCGGAUGGACAUUCAAUACGGAAAGGAAAGAGCCUCUACCUGGUCCUCUUCAAGUUUGCAUGUCGCAUCAGCUCUCAUGGCAGAAGCUUUAGCUGUUAGAUCAGCUCUACUAAGCGCUAUUUCCAAAGAUGCAGAGAAAAUACAAUAG